AUGGCGGUAUGCUUCCGUAUUUUCCACAACGACCAGCGCAACCACUACCACAAACACUACCAAAACCCGACCCGGAUUUUAAUCCAUUUGAUUUUUUUGUCUCAACCCGAGUUUGUUCAACAAACACAAACACAACCAGAAACAAUCGUUUCUGAUUCCGAACCGGAAUUCGUUACAAAAACUCAGCCCACUCGAGCAACGACUAAAAGAAAAGAGAUGUCGGAGGCUAAAUGUUGGGAACCUCUGGAAGUAUUAGUUUUGGCACAAUCUUGGAUCAAUAUUUCAGAAGAUGCGACGGUUGGAAAAGACCAAAAGCAUGACCACUUUUGGAUUCGCGUUUUACAUAGGUUCCAUAAAGGAAUGAACCAUGGAGAAUACCGUACAAAACAUCAAGUGUACUCCAAAUGGGGGAAGAUGAACAAGGAAAUCAUGUUGUUUAAUGACUUGUAUAACAACAUGAAAUGUCAAUGGAAAAGUGGAGAAAGCGAUGAAGUUAUUUUGAAGAAAGCGUUGAAAGUGUAUCGAAAAGAAAAUCUGAAGGCUUUCAAGUUUCUUUAA